GUGCUCUCAGUUAAGUUCACCAGCGAAGGAUGGUUUCUUGGAACUUCCAAAAACUUGAAAUCAUGAAACAUCUAUUACUGCUACUAUUGUGUGUUUUUGUAGUUCAGUCCCAAGACUAUGAAAAUGAGGAUGAAGACGACACACCUAAGAGCGGUUUGGAUGCCCGUGGUCACCGACCACUCGACAAGAGGAGGGAAGAGGCUCCCAUCCUGAGACCUGCCCCGCCCCCCAUCAGCGGAGGCGGCUAUCGAGCUCGUCCAGCCAAAGCAGCUGCCAACCAAAAGAAAGUGGAGAGAAAAGCCCCUGACGCUGGGGGCUGCCUCCACGCUGACCCAGACCUGGGAGUGUUGUGUCCUACAGGAUGUGAGUUGCAAGAUACGCUGGUAAAACAAGAAAGACCAAUCAGAAACAGUGUCAAAGAGUUAAAUAGUAAUAUGGAGUCCAUUUCCCAGACCUCGUAUAACACCUUUCAGUAUAUGAAUAUGCUAAAAGACAUGUGGAAAAACUGGCAGAAACAAGUAAGAGAAAAUGAAAAUGUCAUAAGUGAGUACACCUCAGACCUGGAAAACUACCGAUUGUAUAUAGAUGAGACCUUGACUAGUAACAUCCCGACGAGCCUUCGUGUGCUCCGUUCAAUCCUGGAAAACCUGAGAAGCAAAAUACAGAAACUGGAAUCCGAUGUGUCCGUCCAGAUGGACUACUGCCGCACCCCCUGCACUGUCAGCUGCAAUAUUCCUGUGGUGUCUGGCAAAGAGUGUGAGGAAGUUGUCAGGAACGGAGGUGAAACAUCUGAACUGUAUCUCAUUCAGCCUCACAGCUCUGUCAAACCGUAUAGAGUGUACUGCGACAUGAACACAGAAGGUGGAGGAUGGACAGUAAUUCAGAACCGUCAAGAUGGCAGCGUUGACUUUGGCAGGAAAUGGGACCCAUAUAGACAAGGCUUUGGCAACGUUGCAACCAAUGGAGAUGGGAAAAAGUACUGUGGCCUCCCAGGUGAAUAUUGGCUUGGAAAUGAUAAAAUCAGUCAGCUUACCAAGAUAGGCCCCACAGAACUUCUGAUCGAAAUGGAGGACUGGAAAGGAGACAAGGUGAAAGCGCGCUACGGAGGGUUCACCGUACAGAACGAGGCAGACAAGUACCAGAUCUCUGUGAGCAAGUACAAGGGCACAGCCGGCAAUGCCCUCAUGGAAGGGGCUUCCCAGCUCGUGGGAGAAAACCGAACCAUGACCAUUCACAACGGCAUGUUCUUCAGCACCUACGACAGAGACAAUGACGGCUGGACAAACGCAGACCCCAGGAAACAGUGCUCUAAAGAGGAUGGUGGUGGAUGGUGGUAUAACAGAUGUCAUGCAGCCAAUCCAAAUGGCAGAUACUACUGGGGUGGACACUACAGCUGGGACAUGGCCAAACACGGCACAGAUGAUGGAGUGGUCUGGAUGAACUGGAAGGGGUCCUGGUAUUCGAUGAAGAAGAUGUCUAUGAAGAUCAGGCCCUACUUCCCACAACAGUAGUCCCCCAAACAGAUUUUUAUUCUUCCACGUGUAACAACAUUUUUUUAUAUUAUGUCAUUGGCAUUUUCUUUCAUAUAUUAUAUCCCUCUCAAACUGUCAGAAGGCUGUGCGUGUGGCUUUUUGGAAAUCUUAUUUAGGGUAAAUGACAUUAAAGUUAGCACACCAUU